AGAAGAAGCGCAUAUAAAAAUUGCAAAUAAUCAAAUCGAGUGACUUUCAAUAUAGUCCUGGAAUAAAAUAAUUCAAUAUCCGUACCCGGGCCAAAUCGAAGAAUAAAAAAAUAUAAAUAUGUCAUAUUUAGAUGCAUCUAUGGACCCUAUGGAGCAUAGUCGUUUCUCUGCCAUCUAUGGUCCGGUGAUCAAGAGACUGACAGCCUCUACUGGUCUGAAAAGUUCGGAAGUUACUUGCCUGAUCCUGAUCUAUUACAAGUUCGUUAAGGCGAACGGUCCUACGGCAAGGAAAAUGACCAAGAAGCAGAUGUACCAAAUCUUCCUGGCGCUCUUCAACGUGGGCAAUGUCAAGGUAGUUGACCGCACCAUGGCGACAAUGACCAAGGAUAUAAAAUACAUAAGUCCGGAGGCAUGGAUUUCGCUUUUUGAAAUUUAUACAACCAAGAAUCUGGAAAUGCGGAUGCGUUUUGCCUUCGAGGUUUACAAUACAAAGGGCACGGAUGUCAUUGAUCGGGAACAAGUCGGCGUGGCUUGCGAUGCAUUCUUUCAUGGAGAUGACGAGGAAGAACUCAACGAGCUCAAAUUGGAUAUGACCGAGUUCCUAAUGAAAAAGUUCGACCUGGACAAGGAUGGUGUUAUCUCGUAUGAGGACUAUUCGGCCGUUGUAACCCGUCAACCCGAAUUGGUCGAUUUCCUGGGAUAUUUGUUCCCAGCAAGAGACGUCAAGGACCUCAUGGCCCAUUGCAUAAACUUUGAUACAAUACUAUCUAGUCUUCUUGGUAGCUAGA